GUGGAGGCUGCCACCAGACAAGUGCAGAGAAAGGAAACGUUUCUUCUUCCUCCUGCUCAGAAGAGCAAUGUAUGCCCAGUCUUGGUGGUCUCACAGGUCCGGUGUAUGCCCAGUCUUGGUGGUGGUCUCACAGGUCCGGUGUAUGCCCAGUCUUGGUGGUGGUCUCACAGGUCCGGUGUAUGCCCAGUCUUGGUGGUGGUCUCACAGGUUUGGUGUAUGCCCAGUCUUGGUGGUGGUCUCACAGGUCCGGUGUAUGCCCAGUCUUGGUGGUCUCACAGGUCCGGUGUAUGCCCAGUCUUGGUGGUGGUCUCACAGGUCCGGUGUAUGCCCAGUCUUGGUGGUGGUCUCACAGGUCCGGUGUAUGCCCAGUCUUGGGGGUGGUCUCACAGGUUUGGUGUAUGCCCAGUCUUGGUGGUCUCACAGGUGCGGUGUAUGCACAGUCUUGGUGGUCUCACAGGUCCGGUGUAUGCCCAGUCUUGGUGGUGGUCUCACAGGUUUGGUGUAUGCCCAGUCUUGGUGGUGGUCUCACAGGUUCGGUGUAUGCCCAGUCCUGGUGGUGGUCUCACAGGUUUGGUGUAUGCCCAGUCUUGGUGGUCUCACAGGUUUGGUGUAUGCCCAGUCUUGGUGGUCUCACAGGUUUGGUGUAUGCCCAGUCUUGGUGGUGGUCUCACAGGUUUGGUGUAUGCCCAGUCUUGGUGGUGGUCUCACAGGUCUGGUGUAUGCCCAGUCUUAGUGGUGGUCUCACAGGUUCGGUGUAUGCCUAGUCUUAGUGGUGGUCUCACAGGUUCGGUGUAUGCCCAGUCUUGGUGGUGGUCUCACAGGUUUGGUGUAUGCCCAGUCUUGGUGGUGGUCUCACAGGUUCGGUGUAUGCCCAGUCUUGGUGGUGGUCUCACAGGUUCGGUGUAUGCCCAGUCUUGGUGGUCUCACAGGUUCGGUGUAUACCCAGGCUGGCCGGUGGUAUCGCAGUAUAUAGGGGUGGUAUCAGACGUUGCCCCCUGUCCUGCAGCACAUCACAUAAAUGACCAUCAGAUGCCCCUGUGGCCUCCGCUCCGCAGUCUAGACGCUGCUAUUCCUGGCAGAUGACAAGUCUGAGCUGAGAGUCCGGGGGUCUGCUGUGCCCCCCUCCGCCGGCUGCACUUUAUGAGGAGGGUGGGCAGAGUUCCCAUUACAAGCCCAUUCUUCUCUGUCUCCUGGGCUGGCCUUCAGCAUGUGAUCUGA